GUAACGCUGCACAAGAGCCGUGGCUUGGCGAGCCGUUAACGCCCUCCACAGCGACGUCGGCGCCGAAUGCCGCGCCGGUAGAUGCGAAUAUUUCGCAGCUACCGAGUACAACUAUCUCGCACUCGAAGCCAGGUCCAGCCUCCACGCCCGCUCUUGCUGCUCCUCCACCUCCUCCUCAGCCAGUGGCACUACCACCAGUCGCAGGAAAUAAUGUGGCGGAAGAGCCACGGCCAAGCGAACCGUCCGUGC